AUGAGCGGCUUGUGCGCGUCCUCCUCUUUAGACCACGCGAGCUCGGCGACGCCAGAAAAUGUCCCUCCUUUUCCCCUUCUUUCCGCAAACAAACAAACGUUUGCGAAAGCCAUACACAGGGACACGAGAGAGACCGAGGCAAGAGAGAAGAGACCAUCCAGGCUGCUUCGUGUCCGUCUCCGUCUCCUUCCCUAUGACCCUAUCACACUCUCAUCUCACCCCACCCCGCGCCCUGGCUUUUCUAUCCUCCAUUAUUCUCCCCUCCCCACGUACCCCACCUCCCUCUACAUAUACCCCACUCUCAUCUCAUCUCACCUCCUCCUCAACGCACCACCCACCCACCCACGCCACCGUGUGGUCCGAGUCCGACCCUGUGACUGUGAGUACUACUACCCCAGCAUGUGCUCAGGACCUCGCAAGCCGUCCACCCCUCCUCUCCCGGCGGAGACGGCGACGGCCAAGAACUCCUCGGUGAUGGCGACGGCACUCCUGCUCGAGCUGGCGGCGGCGGACGACGUGGUGGCGUUCAGGCGCGCCGCGGAGGAUGACAAAGCCCCGGCCUUGGACGCCGUGGGCCACUGGUACGGCCCGUCCGCCGCGGGCGCGGGCGCGGCCGCCGGCCGCCCCCGCCUCGAGGCGCGCACGCCGACCAUGGUCGCCGCGCUCUACGGCAGCACGGCGGUGCUGGCGUACGUGCUGUCCUCCGCGCCGGCAGAGGCCGCGCGCGCGUCGCCCACGGACGGCGCCACGCCGCUCCACCUCGCUGCGGCCGGCGGCGCCCCGGCCGCCGUCGCGGCCGCGCACAUCCUCCUCGCCGCGGGCGCGUCCGCGGACGCGCGCGCCUUCUCGGGCCUCCGCGCCGGGGACCUCCUCCUCCCGCGCGCCGCCGCCGCCGCCGCCGCCGACGCGGACCGGGCGCUCCGCGUGCUCCUCAAGUCCCCCGCGGCGUCACCGUCGUCCUCGCCCAAGAAGUCCGCCUCGCCGCCGCCGGCCCCGGAGGCGAGGAAGGAGUACCCGCCCGACCUGACGCUGCCGGACCUCAAGAGCGGGCUGUUCAGCACCGACGAGUUCCGCAUGUACAGCUUCAAGGUGAAGCCCUGCUCCCGCGCCUACUCGCACGACUGGACCGAGUGCCCCUUCGUGCACCCGGGCGAGAACGCGCGGCGCCGCGACCCGCGCCGCUACUCCUACAGCUGCGUGCCCUGCCCCGAGUUCCGUAAGGGCGGCGCCUGCCGCAAGGGCGACGGCUGCGAGUACGCGCACGGCGUCUUCGAGUGCUGGCUCCACCCGGCGCAGUACCGGACGCGCCUCUGCAAGGACGAGGUGGGCUGCGCGCGCCGCAUCUGCUUCUUCGCGCACAAGCGCGAGGAGCUCCGCGCCGUCAACCCCUCCGCGGUGUCCGUCGGCAUGCAGAUGCAGCCCACCGUGUCGCCGCCGCCGCCCAGCGGCCUCGGCGACAUGCUCAGCCCGGCGGCCUGGCCCUCCUCCCCGGCGAGCAGGCUCAACAAGGCCGCGCUCGGCGGCGGCCGGGACCUGGACCUGGACCAGUACCAGCACAUGCUGUUCGACACGGUGUCGUCGCCGAGGGCCAACUGGGGCUCGGCCGGCGGGAUCGGCUCGCCGCUUCCCCCCGCCAGGGCCGUGCCGGACUACGCCGACCUGCUCGGCUCCGUCGACGCGGCCAGCAUGUUGUCCCAGCUGCACGCGCUGUCGCUGAAGCAGGCCGGCGGCGACAUGCCGGCAUACGGCUCCAUGGUGGCGGACACGCAGCCGCACAUGGCGACGACGUCGCCCAUGGUGGGCCUGGGCUCCAGCACCGCGUUCGGGCUCGACCACUCCAUGGCCAAGGCCAUCCUGAGCUCCCGCGCCUCCGCGUUCGCCAAGCGCAGCCAGAGCUUCGUCGACCGCGGCGGCCGCGCCCCGGCCGCGCGCUCGCUCAUGUCGCAGCAGGCCGCCGCCGCCGGCGCGCCGCCCGUGCUCUCCGACUGGGCUUCGCCGGACGGCAGGCUGGACUGGGGAGUCCAGGGCGACGAGCUGCACAAGUUCCGCAAGUCCGCAUCGUUCGCGUUCCGCGCGCGAUCCCCACCGCCCCCCGCCGAGCCGGACGUCUCGUGGGUCAGCUCUCUUGUCAAGGACGGCCACGCCGGCGACAUAUUUGCGCAGUGGCCGGAGCUGGAGCAGAUGGUGGCCUGAUCCACCGGCCCUCACUGGCUCAUAGCAUCUAGCUGACCAAAGUUAUUUCCUUGAAUCAUUUUUUCCCCUCCUUUCUUUGCUUAAUUCCAUUCGUACGAGAUGUUUUUUUUACUAGUACAUAGAUAGGGCUGUUUCACAAUAACAUUUGGUCAUCAACAAGAAGCAUAGAUACCCAAAGGGAGCUUUAUAGUAUACUGAUGAGGAGGAACAGCCAUCGGUUUAUAAAUAGUUGUACACACGAAUUCCCUACAUCACAAAGGAGUUUAUAUUUAUUUUACUUGAUGUAUAAGAUAUCGGCAGACACGGUAAGAUUUGAUUCAUGUGCUUUCCGCAUGGCGACAAUUGAGACGAA